CACUUUUUGUUUUUAAUAACUGGGUCGAAAAGGUAGUGAGUCAAUAAUUUAUCAGAUAGAAACCCAUGUAGUUAAAUUCUAAGAACAGCAGGUGAGUCGGUGAGUGAGUUGAGGGCACAGAUUCGCAGAGGGCUGAUGCCAAACUCACAGUUGUUCAUCAUAUAUUCAAAUUCAAAAAUAGCAAAUCCGAACAAGAAGCCCGCAGAAAUCCCGGGGGGACCGGGCUGUGUGAAAAGUGCAGGUCUUGCAUAAUUUAUCACGAAAGCUGUAAUCUAUCCAUCCGUGUGUCCGUGCGUGUGCGGCUUUGUGUACAGUCAUUGAUCAUGCCGUGGAUCCAGAAACUAGAGACUUUCACAGCGCAGAUGCCGCCGGAGCUUCACAUCCAAACGCAGCGCUGAGAAGCAGCCGAGCCGUCUCCUCCCGUGUGGGGGAAAUGUUGGGACGAGGCGCGGCGCUCUGCCUCUAGUUCGUCUUCACUGAACAAACUGUGGCUUUUUUUUUUUUUUUUUUUUUUUUUUCCACCGAAGUUGUGCUGAGGUGACCGAGAUCGCCGUUACCUGCGGAUGUCCCUGACCAAUUCAAGCGUCUUUCUGCUCAACGAGGGUUCAGCCGAUUCCUACACUAGUCGACCCUCUGAUUCCGACCUGUCCCUGGAGGAGGACCAGGAGGCGUCUCGGCGUGAAGCCGAGCGCCAGGCUCAGCUGCAGCUGGAGAGAGCCAAGUCUAAACCAGUAGCAUUUGCAGUGAAAACCAAUGUGAGUUACUGUGGAGCCCUUGAUGAAGAUUGUCCAGUCCAAGGUGCUGCUAUUAACUUUGAAACCAAAGACUUUCUGCACAUAAAAGAGAAAUACAACAAUGAUUGGUGGAUUGGUCGGCUGGUGAAGGAAGGGGCAGACAUCACUUUCAUCCCGAGCCCGGUCAAACUUGAAGCCAUGAGGAUAAAACAAGAGCAGAAAGCAGCAGCAAGGAAAGGAGGGAACGCUUCAUCCGGAGGCCGGAGGUCCACCCCACCAUCUGCAGCCAAACAGAAGCAGAAACAGACUGAACACGUUCCUCCAUAUGACGUGGUUCCUUCUAUGCGGCCGGUGGUGCUGGUGGGUCCUUCACUGAAAGGAUAUGAGGUAACAGACAUGAUGCAGAAAGCCUUGUUUGACUUCCUCAAGCACAGAUUUGACGGCAGGAUCUCUAUUACGCGGGUGACUGCUGAUCUGUCACUGGCGAAGCGCUCAGUGCUGAACAAGAAGGCAAUAAUGGAAAGAUCCAACACUCGCUCCAGUCUUGCUGAGGUCCAGAGUGAGAUAGAGAGGAUCUUUGAGCUGGCCAAGUCUCUUCAGCUGGUCGUUCUGGAUGCAGACACCAUCAACCACCCAGCACAGCUCCUCAAAACCUCUCUGGCCCCCAUCAUCGUCUACGUCAAAGUGUCCUCGCCUAAAGUUCUUCAAAGGCUGAUCAAAUCUCGAGGGAAGUCACAAAGCAAACACCUCAACGUUCAGAUGAUGGCGGGGGACAAGCUAGCUCAGUGCCCACCUGAGAUGUUUGAUGUCAUCCUGGAUGAGAAUCAGCUGGACGAUGCCUGUGAACACCUUGCGGAGUACCUGGAAAUUUACUGGCGGGCUACGCACCUCCCCUGUUCUGCCCCUGUUAACCCCUUACUGGACCAAAGCGUGAUCACCCCACCCUCAGCUAACUCCAGCCAACAAGAGCAGCCUGUGCUGUCGGCUGGGGUCAGACUAGAAGUCAUAGAGCACAGGGACCAGGGCGCCACCAGGGGGCAGCAGCAGCCCUCAUCUCUUCAAGGCCAGCCAUCACCUUCUCUGUCCACACCUGGGGUGAAGAAGAGAGCAAGAGCAGAGUCCCCAGAGAGGGAUAUAGCAGAAGGCUGUUGAUCUGGAGGAAGAGGAGAAACACAAACAGGGAGAGAGCAGGUGGAGGAGGAAGAUCUGACCAGCGACAUAACAGACAGAGGAGCCUCCACCGCACUGCUGCCCCCUCGGCAAGAGCUCCCUGCUCCCACCGCCACGCGACAACUCAGGGCCGCUUUCUACAGCUGCAUGCAUACUGGGAGCAAAAAACCAGUACAGCGGUGCAGUCACUGCACACUACCUUCCCUUUCCGCUCACCGCUCCUCCCACCCUGACCUUGACCUUGUUCACUUCUCCCUGCUUUCACACUGGAAGUCACAUCCCCCACCUGGCAGAGCUGAGCUAGCCCAUGUGUGUUCAGACACCCAGAGGUGGCCAUGGUAGACACAGAUGGGCUGAUUCAGCUCACAUUGUAGACAAACUGCACACCUGUGACGUCAGAGUAUGUUAGCAUACAGUACUGUAGCAUAUAGCAAAGCUGUGGGUAUAACACAAAACACAAACAUGAAUAGUCGCAGGGUUUUGAUGAGCCUGGCUUCCCUCUCUGGCCAAAGAGUGCAGAGAGUAAGAGAAACCCAUUCUGUAUGUCUUCCAUCCCUACAGUUCUCUAUGAGCUGUCACUCCAGUUCAACCAAACGUUUCCUCACAGGCACAGUUGUUUCUAUCAGAGUCAGCCAAUAAUGGGACGCCCAAGGAAAAUGAAAACUUUCCUCUUCCUUUAUCAUUUACUUUCUCUCCUUGUUUUUCCAGUCACCUUUUUGAAUUAUUCUCUUUAUUUGUUUAUUUUUUUUACAGUAACUAUUCUACUAUCUAUAAUUCAUAUCUUGGCUCUCAGUAUAUCUUAUCACAUCUCUGUAUGCAACAGUAAUGCAAAACACAUGCAUGACAAGCAGAGAGUUGCACAUCAACAGUCCAUUUGCAUCUGUUGUCACAGCUGUGAAUGUAUGAAUGCUGGCCCACCGACUUAGGAAGGAUUAUUUACAAUAACUGUGGUUACUUUGCAAAUCACUGAGUCACAUUUGGCUUCAAAUGUGAUUCUCAUCACUCACAUUUAAUCAUUUGAACUUUUCAUACUGUGUGUCAGUUACUGCAUUUCUUCUUUCUGGCACAUUUUGAUCCGCCCAGAAGUAUCAUUUGUAGCAUAACCAGAAGAUUCACUGAUAUUUAAUAUAUGUAAGUUACUCCAAUAGAGGACAGACGCAUUGCUCCAGUCUCACUGCUGCCCGGUGGUGUAGUGGUAUCUAAGAAGUGGGUGGACUGUAGACUGAUGCUUGGUUGAGAGCCUGGGAUGUAAGCUGCUCUGUGACAAAGAUGUGUUGCUGUGUACGUUUACACCCACCCUCCACUACACCACUGUGCUGCAGCUUCAUCUCCAGGACAUUCGGGUCUCUGAGCACACAGACAGAUUGCGAAUUGUUUCUACCUAAUAAGCCCCACUAAAUGAUUUCAUUGUCUUUUGGCAUAUUCAGCUAAAGUCAGCAUGAGUACUGCAGGCGUAUAUGUACAUGUAGGGCGACCUCUGGUGGUGUAUUUAUGUUAGUAGAGGUCUAGUAUCCACUGCUUACUCUCUGCCCGUGCAGGAUAUACAUUAAAUAUGCAUCCACAUAAAUUAAGAACAUGUAUAAUUUCCAGUCAUAAGACCAGUUCAAUGUUUUGGCUGCAGUUACCAAAAUAUUCAUCCAAACUUUUCUUUCAUGUUUAUUUAAACAUCUGUUUGCCCUCCAUUUCAUGUCUUACAGUACUUGCAAAAAUCAACGCAUCUCAAAAUGCACAGAAAUUCUUACACUGAUGCAUCUGCUUUUAUCAUGUAAAACUAUAGAACUCAGCUAACAACGUACCACAUAUGUAAAUAAUCUAAUGUACGUGCAUGACAUAUUGUAUUCCUGUUUCAUCAGAAGGGCUUUUUAGGACCAUCCUCACAUGAGCCUUCAGAGUAAAUCAACAUAACCAGUCACAUGUAUGCAUUAUCAAGGCUUAACUGUACAUACUGUAUAUUCAAUAUGCAGAUAUUAUUAUUAUUAUUGUUAUUAUUAUUAUUAUUAUUAUUAUUAUAAUUAUUAUUAUUAUCAAAUUGCACAGUAACAACAAAUGCUGACAGGAAGUAGAAGGGUUUUAGUCACAGGACACAAAUAUAUACAAGGCCUCAGAAAGCAUGUGUUUAUAUGUAUUUUCCUCUCUUUUUAGAAUGAUGCACUGCAGUUAUUUAGGACCACCAUAAAGAUUGCUUCCACUGACACCCAUUCAUUCUUGAAGGACCAGGUUUGAGAUACAUAACUUCUAUUUGAUGAAACACAGAGAGCACAGUACCUUCUUUCAAUUAAAAAAAAAAUAUAUAUAUAUAUCAGCUCCUCCUGUUUGCUUAAUUUUUAAUGCAAGAAAUUUCUACAAAAGGUGAAUUAUCCUUUGGACGUCCAAAGCACAAUUUUUUACAAUUAUCAUUUCCUAUUACGUUUCACUUGCCUAAAUUCUGUAUGCAAUACAAAGUCUAGCAUUGACGAGACACUAGCUGAGACUAUCAAGGUAUCUCCUCAGUUACGAUGGGGUAUAAUUGCACUACUAUCAUUUAUAUGUCUGCUUUAUGAUGCAAUAAAUGCACUAAAUGUUAUGCUGUACCCACCUCCAAUACUGAAUAAGCUGUCUGGUGUAAUGAUGACAUCAACGUUUCCUGUGGUUUCUGACAAGAGGACAAGAUAAAUGAUAUCCAACAGUGUCUGAUGAUGAUGUGUACAGGGUGCAUCUUUUGUCAAUAGCACAUUUGAAAGAGGGGGUGAAUAAAAAUAAAAAAAACAACAUUUAAGUAACA